AUGAAUAUAUUAUUGCAAAGGGGAAAUAUAAGAGCGAGCGUUAUCGAUAUCAGAUUAGAGAAAUUAUUGGAAACCUUUGAUAUUGUUGAAACUUCAAGUAUUGAAGAAAAAUUAGAAAUUCAUCGUGUAAUUCAAAAUGAAUUUAUAAGUUCAGGGCAUUUAUACGAAUGCCCCGUAUAUUGUCGGGAAUGUGAUGACGAGCAAAUGAAAAUGCAAUUUCAAUGCCUAGAUUGUGUUGCAACUUUUGACGUUGGAAGUGAAACAAAAAACGAAAGUAAUUGUCGUAUAAUGUAA